GUUUAUUGGUGUUUUUUAUAUAUGUAUUUAUUCUUACUUGCCUAUGAAAAAAAUGUAGUAUGUUGGUUAUUAAUUCAUUCUUUUUGGAAUAUGGGAUGUCAAUAACUGCCUCUUUAAGCUUCUGUUAUGCAUUAUUACCAUGAUAAUAGCUUACAGAGGCUCUUAUGAUUAUGGCACAUGCUUCCUCUUGUAGGAUUGCUGAACUCUGUUCAUGUUACUUUUUCCUUCAAAAAAAUGUAACCUAAGAGUAUGGGGACUUUGCAAAGUGUAUGCAUCCAGUUCAAUCGAUAUCAAGGCUAUGUUACAAGUCCUAAUUAUUUUCAUGGGGGGAGGUUUGGGUUACGGCCCUUUACAGGGAAUGAGACCUUGGAAGCUUUCUUAUGAGUGUCUUUUUGUUUGUCUUUGUUCUAUUACUCAAUCCUGUCAAUUAUCUGCCACAAAAUAGUACCUUGUGAAGUCACCUGAAUUAAUUCUCCAAUUAUUUUUAUUCUCUUUUACAUAUUAUCUUGUUAGCUAGUUGUUAAACAUGAGAGGGUUAAAAAGGAAAAAUGAGUGGAAGACUUCUACUAAAGCCCACUUGUGGAAAGCUUAUUGAAAUGUUUCUCCAUUUAUUUUAUUUUUUCCCUCUUUUUCAAGCGGAGAAAAAGAUAGCUACCAUUCACAAUGUUUUUGCUGUCAUAAGGGGAUCUGAAGAGCCUGAUCGCUAUGUCCUGCUUGGCAACCACAGAGAUGCAUGGACAUAUGGAGCUGUUGACCCCAAUAGUGGAACUGCAGGGCUACUUGACAUUGCUUGUAGAUAUGCUCUUAUGAUGCGUCAGGGGUGGCAACCUCGGAGGACAAUUGUUCUAUGCAGUUGGGAUGCAGAAGAGUUUGGGAUGAUAGGAUCUACUGAGUGGGUCGAACAAAACCUUUUGAAUCUGGGUUCUGAAGUUGUAGCAUACCUUAAUGUAGACUGUGCAGUUCAAGGACCAGGCUUCUUUGCUGCUGCAACGCCUCAGCUAGAUAAUCUUCUCAUUGAGGUUGCAAAGAAGGUCCAGGAUCCUGACUCAGAGAGCAUGACCAUAUAUGAUAACUGGAUGAUUACAAAUAAAGUCAUCAAUAUUCAGAGGCUAAGUGGAGUGGAUUCUGAUUUUUCUCCACUUUUGCAACAUGCAGGGGUUCCUUCUGUUGAUUUAUACUAUGGAAGAGAUUUUCCAGUCUAUCACACUGCUUUUGACUCCUAUAACUGGAUGACAAACCAUGGGGAUCCAUUGUUUCAACGUCACGUGGCUGUAGCUGGAGUUUGGGGACUUCUAGCUCUUCACCUGGCUGAUGAUCCUAUUUUACCUUUCAACUAUGUCUCUUACAUAGAACAAUUAUGGAACUACACAAAUCUCCUACGCAACUUGGGUGAAAGGUACUGUAUCCCUGCACCCUAUAACUGCAUCCAUUCAGGAACUCACCUCUGUAGCCGAAGAAGCUGAGGGAGAAGCAUCUAGCAGUCCCUAUGGCCAACUUGACAAGGAACAAUGAAGAUAGCCUCUAGACGUCCAUUUGAUGGGUGCAAGGCUGCUAGAUUUUGCAAUUCUUAGACCAUACUUGCAACAUCCUGCCAUCAGUCAUGACCCAGCAACAGUGACAUCUAAAGGACUGCAAUCAAUUCUUGCCGGUUUUGAACUAAUCCCAAGGUACUUUUCCAUUUU